UUGGAGUAUAUAAAGUGUAUUCAGGUGGAGGAAGCUGCUGAGUACAUUGAGAAUUUGAAGCUUGCUGACAACAGGGACCCUACUUUCAAGAAACCAGUUUUUGUGCCUGUUGAUGAGAAGACGGCACUUCAAAACGCCGCUGUUGGGAUACUGACCGGUGCAAGAAGUGUUACGAAAGCAGACGCGCAGAGGCUUUUGUUCAAUUUCGGAACACUGAAGGCUAUCAGUGAGGCAAGUGAAGAGCAGCUGGCACUGUGUCCUGGACUAGGGCCGAUUCGGGCGAAGAACCUCUACAACUACCUCAGAACUCCCUUCACUUCAUGA